CCCCUAGCGGCCGAAGUCGGCAGUCGCCCACCGGCACGAACGUAAACAUGAAAGUGACGUAAAGCGUCCUUUGCGUCAAUUUAGUCGUGAUUUAGUAUAAGAUGCUGGAAUUUUAAUGUUUGUCGGCCCCUGUUGAUGAACUAGUCGUUAGACAUCAAACACUGAAGCGACAUCUGAGUAUCCAGAAUGGUCCCAGGCACCAUUGAGGAUGCACAAGCUGAUGUGGUUUUUGUCAUAGAAGGUACAGCUGUUAACGGUGCCUACAUAAAUGAUUUAAAAACCAACUAUAUCAUUCCAACGCUCAAGUAUUUUACCCCAUUUAAAGGAGAUGACACAGACUACAAUGAGAGUCAAAGUGUCAUGUACGGUCUUGUGAUUUACCAUGCAUCUGAUUGUCUUCCCUGUCCAAGUAGUGACAGCUAUGGCCCCUUCUACAGUCCAUUCAAACUGCUUGCAAUGCUGGAUAUCAUCGAAAUGGCUGGUGGAAAGGGUGAGGCCUGUGCAAAUAUUGCGGAGGGCAUGGCAACAGCCCUCCAAUGUUUUGACGACCUGCAGUCUAAGAGAGAUGGGGCGUCAGCUGUCCAAAAGCACUGCAUUCUUGUCUGUAACUCUCCACCUUACCUACUGCCUGUGAUGGAAGCCCCAUCUUUAAAUGGACAUUCAGUUGAUAAGCUUGCUUCAUUCCUCUUAGAGCGAGGAAUAAAUUUAUCAAUACUUUCACCCCGAAAAAUCCCUGCUCUUUUUAAAUUAUAUGAAGUAGCAGGCGGUGAUCUUCAAGUAUCUCAAACCAAGAACUAUGCUAAAGAUCCCCGUCAUCUAGUACUACUAAAAGGCUUCAGUUUGACGGAACGUCCAGUCAGUCCAAAUCCUCCAGUUGGAACUCAGAUCCCGAAUACCAACCAGCAAUCUUCUCAACAAACACCAAACCAAGCAGGACAGACUGCGCAGACACAGCAACCUCAGCAAACGCCUCAGACCUCAUCUCAAAAUGCAGUCCAACAGAACCAACAGCAGACUGUUUCCUCAGCAGGAGGUGCUAUGCACAGCCCACUCCAAAGCAUUGGCAGCCCUGCUAAUGUGUCGGGGCAGGGAGGACCAACAGGAGCGGCACAACAGCAAAUGAUUUCAAACCAGGGUGUCUAUAGAGCAAACCAACAAGCACAACAACCCAGCGGUAUGAUGAGUAACAAUGCUCAAAAUCAGCAACAGCAAGCAGCACAGCAGCAGGCUCAGCAGGCACAGCAGCAGGCCCAGCAACAAGCUCAGCAGCAGCAGCAACAAAAUCAACAAGGAAUGAUGGGAGGAGGCAGACCACCUUUCCCCCCUCAGCAGCCACCAGGAUACAACCCCAUGGCAGGUGCUGCAGGAAGACCCCAGUGGCGAAUGCAAAAUCAGACUCGUCCUCUUUUCAUGCAGGGACAGGCGGGCUUCCCAGGUCCAGGAAAUGCUCCUCAGCAGCAGAGCUCUGCGCUCAUUGCACAGCUGACACAGCCCCCAACAAACAUUGGUCCAGGUGUGAGCCAGAUACAGUUACCGUCUCAAUUCGGUGGGUCGGGCAAUCUGAAUCAACAGCAGAUGCGGAUGAAUCCCAUGAUGGGACCACAGGGUCAAGCUCAGGGCCAAAGUCAAGGACAAGUUGCGCCCCAAGUCCCUCCAGGACAACAAAAUUCUCAAGGGCCUGGCCAACAAGUCCAGCAAGGGUCUAAUGUACAACAACAAUUGCAGCAGCAGCAAUUGCAGCAACAACAGUUGCAGCAACAGCAGCUUCAUCAGCAGCAACAAUUACAACUACAACAGCAGCAACAGAUGCAACAGCAGCAAUUGCAACAACAGCAGCAGCAGCAGCAGCAACAGGCGCAGCAGCAAGCUCAGCAAGCCCAGCAGCAAGCUCAACAACAAGCUCAACAACAAGCGCAACAAACGCAGCAACAGGGGCAGCAACAAGUUCAGCAGGCUCCAUCUCAGCGUCAGAUUAUUUGGAGUGGUAUAUUAGAAUGGGUUGAGAAGAACAAUGUCAAAAUGCCCCAAUCCAAUCAGCCUAAACUUCCGAGACAAGUACCGUGCCAAGUUGGAACCAAUUCUAAAGACACUCCAGAGCUGUCAGCUGAGACGUGGCCUCAAAAGUUACUCAUGCAGCUAAUGCCAAAAACAUUAAUUGGAAGCAUUGGAGGUACAUUUUUAAAAAACUCCAAGUCUGUGUUCUUCCUUCCCCAGCAAUGUGAAGCACUCGAAACUCUAGUGCAAGUUAUGAGUUCUGGCUAUGCUGGAUGUGUUCACUUUACCAGUAACAACACAGCAUGUGAUAUUAAAGUAUUAAUUUUAUUGUAUACAUCAGACAAAAGAACAUUCAUUGGAUUCAUACCAAAUGAUCAACAAGCAUUUGUUGAUAGAUUACGAAAAGUUAUUCAACAGCAGAAACAGGGUAAUCGUGGGCAAGGACAAAAUCAACAGGGAAUGGUUCAAGGCCCUCAAGGAAUGAAUCAGGGAUCCCAAGGACUGAGUCAAGGCUCCCAAGGACCUCAAGGAAUGAAUCAGGGUCCUCAAGGAAUGGGUCAAGGUCCUUCAGGAAUGAACCAGGGAUCCCAGGGAAUGAAUCAGGGACCCCAGGGAAUGAAUCAGGGUCCUCAAGGAAUGGGUCAAGGUCCUCCAGGAAUGAAUCAGGGACCCCAGGGAAUGAAUCAGGGUCCUCAAGGGAUGAACCAGGUUCCCCUUGGAAUGGGCCAAGGGCCUCAGGGAAUGGGCCAAGGGCCUCAGGGAAUGGGCCAAGUUGUGAUGGGCCAAGGAUCCCAAGGAAUGGGAUCUGUGCAGCAAAAUAUGGGACAGGGGCAACAGGGAAUGAUGAUGUCCCAAACAAACCAGAUGGCUAUGGGUGGCGGGCAGAUCACCCAAAAUGUUGUCUCGUCAAAUGCAGGACCUGGUGUGCCUGGAGGAAAUUCUGGAAUUCAGGUACAGGCUCAAGGUAUGGGCCAACAAGUUCCCAAUCAAAGUGGGCAGAUGUCCAUGGGUGGGCCUCCAAACACAAUGGGAAUGCAGCAGGGUGUAGAUGGUAACAUGGGAAUGCGAAUGCCAGGUCCCAAUGUGUCUCAAAGUCAACAACCGCAAGGACCUGGAGGAGGACCUGGUGGUCAAGGGGGCCUCAUGGUUCGUGGUGGUAUGAUGGCAAUGCAGAGGAAUAUGAACCCUCAAAUGCAAGGUGGAGCACAAGAUAUGGAGCAACAGCUCAAACAGUUUGAGCUUGUCACCAUGAAGGUGCAGCAGCAGAAGCUGCAGCACACCAUGGAUUUGGGCCGACAGCCACUUGAUAAUGACCCGGGCAAAUUAAGAGCACAGCUGCAGUUACAGCAAUUACAACAGCAACAAAGACAAAUGGGUCCACAAGGAAUGCAGCAGAGACAACAACAACAACAACAACAACAACAACAACAGGCAAUGCAACCCAUCCAGAAUCCUAAUCAACAGCGUAUGAUGCGUCCAAGCAAUCCAGGAUUGAGGAUGCUUUUGCAACAGCAAACAUACCGACCUGCCAUGAUGAAUCAGAUGCAACAACAAAUGGGGGUGAGAGGUCCCAUGGGCCAGCCUGGAUCCCAACAAGGAGGAAUGCAACAGCAAUUUGACUCAGAAUAUGAAAAUUAUUAGGGCUCGAAUUUCAUCUCAAAAUUUAGAUAGCUGCUCACUGUGCUCUCUUGAAAACAGGAGUAAAUUCCUGGUCCAAUUUUGUAUUUAAAGGUACCUUUAUUGUGCAUCACAUCGCAGUACCUGAAUAAUCCAUUCAUCAUACCUUGACAUCAUAUUAGCAUGCUUUCAAACGUGCUGUGAUAUUAGUAAUGCAACGCAGCUUUCUGAUGAUAAGGUUUUACUUAUCUUGCAAAUGUUUUUUCAAGUCAUUUGCCAAUUUUUAUUAAUGAGUUCCAUUAUUUGUAAAUGUGUGCAAAAUUUGUAUACUUGAAAUGUACCUGAUGUUUAUGAAUAUUUCAAUUUUUUAAAAUUAAUGUUAUGAUUUAUCCAUAUCAUUUUUUUUAUUUAUUUUUUUGCCCGAUUGUUUGUGAUGGUUUUGGCUGUGGGAGGGCGGGCAAGUGACAACACUUGGAUGGUUUGGAGGUUUAUUGGGACUAAGGAAGUCUAUGGUGUGAGCCUCAGCUGCAGACUGACAGGGUGGUUCAAUAUAUAGCUUGGGCAACAAUGACACUUGUGAGGAAGGUUGCAAUGGGGGUGCGCUAAGAAAAAACCAGGACAAUAAUGGAACAUUGCCCAAGGCAGGGAAGUCUCAUGCUGGGGAAGGGAGGAAGAAUAAAGUCAUGAAACUGACAUCAGUUGCUUUGCCUCUAGCAUCAAGCCAAAUCACUACAUUUGACUUGGGUAUAAUUAAUUUUUAUCUUAUGUACUAGUAAAUAGAAGUAUCUUUUCGCUGAAGAACUAUUAUGUGACUUUAACUAUAGUAAACUCAAUAUGUCAAUAGUUUGUAGCGCAGCAAAUAUCUGCUCAUUUCAUUUUUUUUUUAAAUUUCAUAUUGUAUUGGUCUUUUGAAGAUUCACUGAACAAAAUUGGUCUAAUUGGUUAAAUUUUAUAUCCAGUGUUGUUAUAUAUUGUGAACUGUUCUCCAAAGUGUGUGUAUUAAAGAAAAAUUUAAAUUCAAA